UAUUGUUCUUAAGUUUUUUUUAUAUCGGGUGAUUUUUUUGAGGUUAGGAUUUUCAUGCAUUAGUAUUUGACAGAUCACGUGGGAUUUCAGACAUGGUGUCAAAGAGAAAGAUGCUCAGUAUGCUUUGACAUUUCAUCAUGAAUAGACUUACUAACGAGCAACGCUUGCAAAUCAUUGAAUUUUAUUACCAAAAUCAGUGUUCGGUUCGAAAUGUGUUUCGCGCUUUACGUCCGAUUUAUGGUCUACAUAAUCGACCAAGUGAGCAAACAAUUAAUGCGAUUGUGACCAAGUUUCGCACUCAGUUUACUUUAUUGGACAUUAAACCAACCACACGAAUGCGUACAGUGCAUACAGAAGAGAAUAUUGCGUCUGUUUCUGAGAGUGUGGCUGAAGACCGUGAAAUGUCGAUUCGUCGCCGUUCGCAGCAAUUGGGUUUGUGUUAUUCGACCACAUGGAAGAUUUUACGCAAAGAUCUUGGUGUAAAACCGUAUAAAAUACAGCUCGUGCAAGAACUGAAGCCGAACGAUCUGCCACAACGUCGAAUUUUCAGUGAAUGGGCCCUAGAAAAGUUGGCAGAAAAUCCGCUUUUUUAUCGACAAAUUUUGUUCAGCGGUGAGGCUCAUUUCUGGUUGAAUGGCUACGUAAAUAAGCAAAAUUGCCGCAUUUGGGGUGAAGAGCAACCAGAAGCCGUUCAAGAACUGCCCAUGCAUCCCGAAAAAUGCACUGUUUGGUGUGGUUUGUACGCUGGUGGAAUCAUUGGACCGUAUUUUUUCAAAGAUGCUGUUGGACGCAACGUUACGGUGAAUGGCUAUCGUUCGAUGCUAACAAACUUUUUGUUGCCAAAAAUGGAAGAACUGAACUUGGUUGACAUGUGGUUUCAACAAGAUGGCGCUACAUGCCACACAGCUCGCGAUUCUAUGGCCAUUUUGAGGGAAAACUUCGGAGAACAAUUCAUCUCAAGAAAUGGACCCGUAAGUUGGCCACCAAGAUCAUGCGAUUUAACGCCUUUAGACUAUUUUUUGUGGGGCUACGUCAAGUCUAAAGUCUACAGAAAUAAGCCAGCAACUAUUCCAGCUUUGGAAGACAACAUUUCCGAAGAAAUUCGGGCUAUUCCGGCCGAAAUGCUCGAAAAAGUUGCCCAAAAUUGGACUUUCCGAAUGGACCACCUAAGACGCAGCCGCGGUCAACAUUUAAAUGAAAUUAUCUUCAAAAAGUAAAUGUCAUGAACCAAUCUAACGUUUCAAAUAAAGAACCGAUGAGAUUUUGCAAAUUUUAUGCGUUUUUUUUUUUUUAAAAAAAGUUAUCAAGCUCUUAAAAAAUCACCCGAUAUAAUGAGUUAUGGAUUACUUUGCGUUAAAUUUAGGUUCAAGGCAUUAUAUAAUUUUUUAAUCGUCUUAUUUUGCCGCAAAGAUCGGUCGUGAUCGGAAAGUCAAUUUUUUUUAAAUCAUUUAUUAUUAAAUCCGCUAUUUCUGUAAAAAAUUUAGUGUUUGGCUUGAUGAGCCAAUGUAAGGCUAAAUUUAAAUUUAUAUGCAAAUGGUAUUUCUACUGUGAAAAUGAGAGGAACUGUAUUGCAAUACCUGGAUAUCUAUUAAAAAAAAUAAUUAAUAAUAAAAAGUCAUGUAAAUUAAGAAGACAACGGCCGUCCCAGCUGAGUGUGUUUGUCAUAAGUUGGUACCUGCCAGCAGAUUAACCGUCGUGUGUUCUAAACUAACUUCCUAGCAGGUAGAAACCAAACUGGUUUGAAGUGCUGGGUCGUUUUUCGACAUCUAACUUUCUAUACAUGUGUAUCCGUUUUUGCAUUCCGCAAAGGAGAUUAUUUUGAAGGUAGAUGUGUAGAAAUAAUGAAACAACAGCUAAGUUGCCUGCAAAUACACAACGUACAUAAGUAUGCGGGGAAAGAAAUGCUGGAGCAUGACCUUCACAAACAUUGAAACAAUACAAAUCUGUGAAGUUUAAUGACACAAAACUCAUUAAAGGUUUUUCGAUACAACCAGCCAAAGAAAAAAUUGUUAUAUAAAGAAGAAAAAUUUAAAUAAAUUGUUUUUGUAUUUAUUAAAUAAUUUAAAUAUGAAAACAUAAACCUGUAUAUAUGUAUACAAUUUUUGUAUGUUUAUACAAAUUCCCUUAGGAAAUAAAACAAAUAUAUAUAAAUGUCUGAAUAUAUUUCGCUGAUUCAAGCGUUAAUCAUUUAAAAUUUGCAA